GAGUUUCAUUUUACAGCGCAACUAUAGGACGGAGAACCUCAGGAAACAUUUCAACCUAUCUCUCUAAAACUGUUAAUGGGGAAUUGACUACUAUGAACUGAAACUCUUCCUUAAAUCAAGUAUCAAGUAGAUCCAAGUCAAGUGACGCAUAAGCCAGUAGAUUCCAGUGUCGAUUUAUGAUUUUUUUUGCACUUAAAUGUAGCUAGAGGAAAUGGCUGUGGAAAGCAUGACUGUCCAUCCAAACUCCCCAACAACAACCAACCACGAACACAUCAACAGCCUUCUCACUGACGAAAGGCGUGAGGAUGGAGAGCUGGAGGAGGGCGAGCUGGAGGACGACGGGGGCGAGGCGGAGGUCCCCAGCGGGGGCGGCGAGGCCCAGGAGAAGCCGCACCGCAGCAAGGAGCGGCACGCCAGCGGCUCGGACGACGACAAGGCCCACCGCCGCAAGCGGAAGAGGAGGAAAGAGAGAGAGAGGGAAAAGGAGAAGAGGAGGGCCAAGAAGAGACGCAAAUCCAAACACAAACGUCACGCCUCUUCCAGCGAUGACCACUCGGACUACAGUGACGAUUCCGACUACAGCCCCAGUGAGAAGAGGAAGUACCGGGAGUACAGCCCCCAGUACCCUCCUCCGUCCCAUGGGGGCUACCCUCCACCCCCUGCCCAUGGCGGCCCCCUGCCCAAGAAGGGGGGCUACAUGAAGAUGGACAAGCAGGGCUACGGCGCAUACGACGAGUAUGAGGAGGAGACGUACGAGGGGGAGGAGGAUGAGGACAUGGGCGAGGAAGACUACGACGACUUUGCAAAAGAGCUCAAUCAGUACCGCAAGGCCAAAGAGGGUGGCGGCAACAACCGGGGCGGCAGAGGUAAUGACCGCAGGGGCAGAGGAGGUAAAGGUCGCCUCAAGAACCAGCGAGGGCGUGGCAGAGGAGGAAUGAGGGGCCGCGGCGGAAGAGGAGGUGGGGGCAGAGGCCGAGGGCGGGGCAAGAUGGGUGGCGAAAACGACGACGGGGAAGGAAUGAUGUACGGAGAUGACAUGGAGUAUGGAGACGAUGACUACGACAACAUGGGCGAUGAUGACUAUGACGACUACUCCAAAGAGCUGAACCAGUACCGGAAGUCCAAGGACCGCGGCCGAGGUGGUAAAGGCGGUCGAGGGCGCGGCAGGGGAAAGGGGGGCAGAGGCAUGAACCGCGGCCGAGGGAGGAACAGAGGGCGGGGCCGGGGCGGAGACCAGGGCCACGACGAAGACAACAACGGCGAUAUGGACAUGGGGGAUGGGGGUGGGGGCCAGCGCAGGAAUGACCAGGACAAGCACGGUCAGGACAAGAAGGGCAAGGCCAUCUGCAAGUACUACAUCGAAGGCCGCUGCACAUGGGGGGAGCACUGCAAUUUCAGCCACGACAUCGAGCUCCCGAAGAAGAAGGAGCUUUGCAAGUUCUACAUCACUGGAUUCUGCGCACGAGCGGAGAACUGCCCCUACAUGCAUGGCGAUUUCCCCUGCAAGCUGUUCCACACCACUGGGAGCUGCGUCAACGGGGACGAGUGCAUGUUCUCUCACGAGCCGCUGACGGACGACACGCAGGACCUGCUGGACAAGAUGCUGGCAGAGGACGCGGAGGCGGGUGCUGAGGACGAGAAGGAGGUGGAGGAGCUGAAGAAGCAGGGCAUUAACCCCCUGCCUAAACCCCCGCCUGGUGUCGGCCUGCUGCCGACUCCGCCUCGCCCCGGUCCUGCCGAUUCCUCCGCCCCGGGCGACUUCGGGCCCCCGGGCCACCCGCCGGGCCCCAUGCCCCCCCCAGGGCCGCCCGGCCCUGGUCCCGGUGCAGGCCCCUGCCCCGGACCCCCUCCUCCCUGCCCGGACGGGGGCCCCUACCAGGGCCCACCCAACCCCAACGGCCCUCCCCCUCCCCCCAUGGGCCCCCCGCCCCCCUGUCCUGGGAACGCUGGGAAGAAGAUCCCCUCGCUCUUCGAGAUUGUGGUGCAGCCCACGGGUCAGCUGGCUCAGAAGCUGGGCGUCAGAGGGCCGGUCCCCGGUGCUCCCCCAGGCCCCCCUGGGCCCCCAGGACCUCCUGGACCCCCAGGUGGUCCCCCUCCCCGCUUCCCAGGUCCCCCUCCUCCGGGGCACAUGGGUCCCGCACCCCCCGGCAUGAUGCCCCCAGGCCCCCACGACAUGCCCCCAAUGGGCCCCCCCAACAUGAACCAGGGGCCUCCGCCCAUGGGCCCCGGGCCCCCCAUGAUGCCAGGCUUCGUACCUGGGGAAGGUCCUCCGCACCCCGGCAUGAUGCCCCCCGGGCCUCCGCCUCCUGGGGGCAACUUCUACGACAACUUCUACCACCAGCAGCAGGGCAUGGAAAUGGAAGGAGGGGGCGAGCAGGGGGAGGAGUACCAGGAAUACAGCGGCAUGGAAGAGGGGGAGGGAGGAAGCUUCAGCGAGCAGAAGUCCUCCGGCGGCCAGGGCGCCAUGAUGGGCAUGGAGGGCUCGACCAACGGCGGCUCCACCAAUCAGCCGACGGGGCUGUCGGUGCCGGACUUCCUGCCCCCCGCCCAGCGCGUGCUCUUCAUGCGCAUCCAGCAGAAGCAGCAGGAGGAGGAGGAGAGGGCGCGCCGGCUGGCUGAGGGAGGCGCCGAGCGGGACACGGAAGGUGAUUCGGCCAACUGGUAUUCCAGUGAGGAUGAGGACGGAGGCGGCAGUGUCACGUCGAUCCUGAAGACGCUCCGGCAGCAGACGCAGGGGUCUGGCAAGCCGGAGGGGGCCCCCAGCGACCCCCGGCUGCAGAAGUCCGCGGCCCUGCAGCCCCCCAGCCGCCCCGCUGACCCCCGCCUCGCCCGAGACCCCCGCCUGUCUCGGACUGCUGACCCCGGCCUGGCCUCUGAGGUCAACCCCUCCGCCUCCCCCUCUUCCUCCUCCACCUCAUCCUCCUCGGGAGCGCCCGCCGACCCCCGCCUUGCCCGCCACGCCGCCGCUGCCGCUGCCCUGCCCCCGAAGCCUGACGUCCCGCACGCGCACAAGCCCGCGGCCCCCGCGGCCCCCGGGGAAGAGGAGGAGGGGGAGAGGGUGUUGCGGGACAAGCCGGUGCCCAUCCCCCUGGAGCCCCUGCUGGGCAUGGCCCUGCGGGACCCGCGCUCCCAGCUGCAGCAGUUCAGCCACAUCAAGAAGGACGUGGUCCUGCACAAGCCCCACUUCGCCAAGUCCGUGCUGUGGAACCCCGAGGACCUGAUCCCGCUGCCCAUCCCCAAACAGGACUUCCUCCCGCUGCCCCCUGGCAUCCCCCCUGUGGCGUCGCUCGACCCCCGCCUGACGCGAGCGCAGCAGCUGAUGCACACCGCCCCUCCCAUGGCUGCCCCGGCCCCUGCCCCCGAACCCGCCGCCGCCACCUCCCUCCCGGACUUUGAGCUGCUGUCCCGCAUCCUCAAGACGGUUAACGCCAGCUCCGGCCCCUCCCCUGCCGCCGCACCCCCGGCCCCGCCCUCUGCACCGUCGGUCCCUCCGGACAAGCCGGUGGAUCCCCGGAUGGCCCGCAAGGCCCCCACCGACCCACGGCUCCAGCCCCAGAAAUCGGCCCUCAAGCAGCCCUCCGAGCCUCCCGCCCCUCAAGCCUCCACCACGGCCCCCUCCACGACCGUCUCCCCCCCCACGCCCACCAUCGCCCCCUACGACCCGCGACUGCUGUCAGCCGGCGGAGCUGGGCGUGGGGUGGGCGGCGUGGGCGGGGGGCAGAGCAGCGUGCUGAGCGGGAUCAGCCUGUACGACCCUCGGACUCAGAGCGCGGGCAAAGCCGACAGCCCCGGCUCGGCCGCAAACACUACCAGCGGCGCGGCCGCCCCCGAGCCCCCCAAGACCAAGGCCAAGGAGCCGCUGUUCGUGCGCAAGUCGGCCCUGGACCAGCCCGAGGCGGAGAAGAGUGCCGGCGGUAGUGAGCCGGCCACAGACCGCUACAACAGCUACAACAGGCCCCGCCCCAAACCCGCUCCCUCACCCUCGGGGGCCGCGGCCGCCGGAGGGGCCGGCUCCUCCUCGUCCUCGACAUCCUCCACCGGGCCGGGCGCGGCGGGCCCCUCGGAGCAGCCCCCGCCCGCUGUCCACAACCUCCCCGUCUCCACCCUCUUCAGCAUGGUCAAGCAGGCCAGCAAGCCCAGCGGCUCGGGCAGCCCCUUCGGCGGCAACAGCCCCGCCCAGCCGGACAGCUCCGAGCAGGACGCCGCCUCCCUCAAGGACGUCUUCAAGGGCUUCGACCCCACGGCCUCCCCCUUCUGCCAGUGAGCCCGGCACCCCGCCCCCAUCCUCCUAGCAUUUCCUCUUCCUUUUAAAAGCCUGACGCGUCGACGAGGGGGGGUGGGGGUAACGCCCGAAGCGGAAGUCCGCGCUGGCGGCAGAGACGUUUCCGAGCGCCGCGCGCACGCGUCCGCUCUCCCCUGCCCUCCACACAAUGCAGUGUUGGCGAUUUCUGUAACGGACCUCGGGGUGGGGUGGGAGGCGGGAGGGGCGGGACGGUAACGGACGGGGAAAAGGGGGGAAAAAACAAAACUUCUAUUUUAAAACAAACUAGAAAACAUAUAAAUAAAUGUAUUCCCAUUACGAGAGUCCCUCCCUACUUUACAAGGUAGAAAGAAUGAGAGCUGUAAACGUUUAUGUGGACUGAUGCUCUGAAAGGCUCCUGUGUUUCUCACCAUCAGGACUAUUUUAAGGGUAGUUGACCUUCUCCUUGUUCGGUUUCCUCCCAUUUUGUAACAUGUCUCCCGUGUCGGCCCUCCUGACACUGGGUUCACCGAAGCUUCGCUUCCUCUGUUAUUAUGCCCGUUUGAGCGCGCGGCUUCGCCGAAUGCCCCGCCCGGUCAGAGGUCACAGAGGGGAAAAAAAACUGCAGCGGUGCUCAGCCCCCAGCUUUCCGCCAGCAGAGACGAAACGGUGGUGCUUCCUUUGCUUCAUUUGGAUUUCCUCUUUCUUUUGCCGUCUCCAUCUUACUUCCAUUAUCAGCUGUCAGUAAUCGCUUUCUGUUAUGAACAUUUUAGCUCCUCUUCGUGGCAGUACCCGCCAGCUUUUGCUUUGUGUGUUUGGUUAUAUUUGUUUUGGUUUUUGGGGGGAGGGGGGAUGUUGGAAUAAGGGUAUUGAUGAUGUCUUUUCUUCGCUCCUGGGACCGCAAUCACAGGCGUGGCUCACCACCACCACCCC